AUGGAGAAAAAUAAAACGGACAGUGGGGGUAGGGACAAUACACCCCUCGAACAAACGCACAACUUGGUUCACAUAUCUAACGUGGUAUUGACUGACCACAUAAAAUGGGACAAAAAUGAAGUCGAGAAAAAUAGGGAAGACUUUAGGCAACCAAUUUAUAGCUCUUUGCCACCCCCCCUUUUGCAAAAAAUUAACAUUCGGGAUUUUGACGACUACAUUUGUUACAUCACGAAGAUCAACACACUGAGCGAUGUAAACCUACGCAACGUGGAUGAAAUUAGUCUGGACCACUUUGAACGCAUGUUGAAAAGCCCCCCCUUGGUUGAAGUGCAGCAACAUAUCGAACUUGCUUCUCAGGAGGGAGACACACAAUUGGGCUACUCAGUCAACCACUCGAGUGACCACUCCAACGGUUUGUCCGUCACCCCCCAAGCGCAGUCACAAUGGCAACCGAAACACGAUGCGUUGCUCCAGGAUGAUGCCUGGUGCAACCUGUCCAGUCUUACGCACCAGCAGGAAAAGCUGAACGAAACGCUGGACCACAUCGAUCGGGACAUAAACACCCUGAUCCGAAAGGAAUUCAAAAACUACCUACACAUAAUAGCCAUUCUGAACAAGCUAAAAGGAGAAAUAAAAAAUCUGCACGACGAAAUAAAAACGCUAACUACACACAUCAACGAUGUAAAAGAAAUGUUAUUAAAAAUUAUUCAUUUAAAAAAAUACAACGAUUUGAAGAGAAAAUGUAAAAAAGUAAAUCACCUACUUAACAAGUUUUUACACUUUCAAAGGUUAAUAAAAAUGCUGAAAAAGUUUUUACAAAAAAGGAAAUUUUAUCACUGUCUUUUUGUAGUAAAUAAAAUUUUUAAAAUUUAUUUGUUUUUUAAAAAAAAAAAAAAUUUUUUAUAUUUCCAGAAAUAUUUUUGUAAUUUUAAUAUAUCUUAUUUGAAAAGCUUCCUGUCUCAGAAUUUCCUUUUUUUGUUUUUUUUCCACUCCUUGUUGUUUUUGUUUCGAUCGAAGCGGGGGGGGAAAGCUUCACUUUGUUCUGCUCAUUCGGUUAGAAGGUGGGCUCGUCUGCUAUUGGGAAGCUCCCACAUGGGGAAGACUGUCCAUACAAGGAGAGAUGAUACCACCACUACCCAAGGGGAGACCCCCUUCAGUGACAACCCAACAGAGUUAAGCAAGCAGAACCUACACUACUUCAUUUUUUCCUCCAAAGGUGAGGCAAAAAUCAACGGCUUUGUAAAAUUUCACAAACGGGUGAACGAAGAGUUUAUGCGCAACUUUCACAGGAAGAAAAAAAAAUUUGUCAAGUGCCGCAAAAAGGAGGAAGAGAAUUUUUUUGUGAAACGAUGGCAGAAGGGAAUCUACACCCAUUUUUAUAAAAAGAUCAAAGACAGAGGAACCUUUGACCACCACCUUGUUCACCUGAAUAAUCUGUUCACCCCCGCACUAUUUUUUAACGACUUUUUCGACUCGUUGCGGAGUUUCUGUUCCAGGGAAAAUUACUUAAAGCAUUUUGUGGAUGACCUAUUUUACGAUGUUUUGCACGAGACGGUUUCGACUUUGCGGAACGAACAAUUGUACGACUUAGGGGAGAGAUCCCUCUUCGGUGCAAAGGAAGAAGAGGAAAGUCCCUCCCCGAAAGAAGCACAUCUAGAGUUAGACCUAGAUUUGAAACCAACCAGACCAGGCAAACCACAGAAAACAAAUAACUCACUACCUGCCGAAUGUACGAACCAUGUGGAGGGCUACCCCUCCGGAAGAAUAACCCUCACGUGCGAGCAUCUGGUAAUAGAAAAGUGUAGAAAAAAAAAUAUUCUCAAGUUUGAUCAGGACGGAUGCAGCAAGUUGUGCAGACAGGUGGGCCUUCUCCCUGUGCCCAAUUUAGUGCAUCUGUUGGGCACCUUUUUUGGGAAAAUAAAAAUUAUCCAAACGAGGAUGAAUAAGUGGGCUUCAUUUCUAAUGGGAAAAAUUAUUUCCUUCCUUUUGGACGAUAAGUGCGAAGACAGCUUUGCGAAGCACACGCCACACCUGUUAUCACACCUCACACCGCACCUCACACCGCACCUCACACCACUGCACAACUUCCCAUUCCGCAAAAGCAACAAAUCAUCCCACACGAUGAAACACGCAUUUUUCAAAUUCUGGAAAAUCUACCGAGAUAUGCACCACGCCCUUUUUAAACUCCUCCUCGAAAGGAUAAGCGACGUAUUAAAUGUUAGAAGGAGGUGCAGUGUCCACCUCGGCAUAAACCAGGUCAUUUCUCUUUACUGGACUAUUUUCCCCAUGUUAUCCUUUGUUCGCAGGAAGCGUCGAAGGCUGCGGCAGGAAUACCUUCGUCUUUUUGUUAACAGCAUGCAACGGGUUGUGAAAAACGCGCAAGUGUCUCGAACGAUGCACUUGUGGGGAAAACCAUUCCGUGUGAGGAGAACACUUACCAGGAACCACUUCACCAUCGUCAAAAAGGUGAAAACCUUAAACUGCAAUGUUGGUAAGUCACGGGGUGGAAUAAUAAAACUUGGGGGAGUUCCCCCUGUUUGUCUCCCCCCGAGGGAAGAAGCGAAGUGUUGUGAGGAUCAAGCACAUGUACCUAGUAACGUGGUGGACAAAUCGAAGGACAAUCUACCGGAACAGAGUGGCCAAUUCGGCGUGCAUAAUUGGAAACAAUAUACGUUGUACCCUACGGGAGAGUGUGACCCUAGGUACACCCUUCCCAGCAGCGCAAACCUGCGCAUAGGCAGUCAGAAUUUUCACGUCCCACGCAAAGUAAGCAUAGCCAUCCUGAGAGAUGGAAUAAGGGAGCAGGUAAAACUGGGCCGCUUCCUUCAACAAGUAAUUAAGAAGACACCACGUGGGAAGGAAGCCAAGUGGAAACUCACCCAUGAGGAGAGGAACCUCUGCAGAAAAAUUAGAAGACGCAUAAGAACAGAGGCGUUAGUUUCCAUAAAUCAUUUUUAUGAAUUUAAAAAAAUACAAAUGGAAAAAUCGCUGGAAAUUGAAAAAUGGAAUGUACUAGACGACAUUCCAGAGGAAAUAAAUGCUCAGAUGGAAAAAUAUUUUAAAAUAAAAAAUGAGCAUACAAAUAAAAUGUGCAUAAAUGAUGAACUGUUUUACUUAACCAACAGCAGCGUUUCUUUCCUGUGCAUUAUUUUUCAGUACAUCCACUUCAUGCUGUCCCUGCCGGACGUUUCGUUUGAAAUUGUCUCGAAGAUUUUAACCUUCUACGAUAAACAGUUGCUCAAAAUAGUGCAUCACUUCAUCAUGGAUGGACAUGCCGUUACCAACUGCACGCUCAAGAGCAUCACCAUUAAGAUCCUGUCUGUGGUUAUUCACACGCUCGAUUUUGCAGACUCCACGUUGAGGCGCGUUUAUGCCAUUUGGCACCACCUGCACACGCGCAGGGGGGAAGCCCCUUCAGGGGGGAUGAGCAACCAGAUGAACAACCAGAUGAACAACCAGAUGAACAGCCAGGUGAAUAGUGAGUUACUUCCCAAUUACGUUAUAAGCAGAAAGGAGGACACUCAUCGUGGAGACGCCCAAUUGGAAAACGCCACAACCAAUCUGUGGGGAAAUGCCCAACAAAGGCACCCUCCUGGGGACAAAAAAGAAGAACAAAAUGGGUUCACCACACCCCCUGCAGAUGAAUGCACCAAAGGGGAAAGAACGACCAUUAGUAAAAAGACGUCCUGCGGAGGGACCAACGAAAGGUUGUCCUUAGAAAAAAAUGAGAAAGAUACCCAUGAUGAUAUAUUACAAGGGAUGGACACCAACUGGGUAAGCAGUAUUCUAAUAGAUUUCACAAAACGUUUCAAGUAUCCCACUACACGCAAUCGUAAUCGUAUCCUUCGUGGGAUCUACCUGCCCAAACAGGAUGAAGAAAAAGUGAAAGAAAAUUUUAAGCAUAUGCUAGAUAAGUCCUUCCUUUUGAAGAAAAAAUUAGCGGAAAAAAUAGUUGAUAUUUUAUCGACUCGAUUUGAUUAUUAUACAAACAUUUGGCUGGUGUCGGAUAGCCUUCUGGAGAAUCACUUGGUGAACUCCCUUAGCUACGAGUGUGACAUACUGCCCUAUGGGAUGCAGCUUCGUUCCACCUUCAAGGUAGUACCCGAGGAGUGGCGUUUACUCGUGCAGUUGCAGCUCCUGACUACCUACCUGCGUGACGAAGACACCAGGAACAUCUACCGACAACUCUUCCAAGAUAUUGCAAACCGUUUCAGCCUGCGCAUCAAUGUCCUCAAAGGAAACGAAAAAUAUAAAAAAAUUAUUUCAAGGCUGCUCGAUGAUUCUGCACCAGCAAAAUCACAAAUAGACCAACUAAUUAUGCACUAUCAUAAUUACGAAUUUAAGGAGAAGACUGCUCAUAACAUUCACAAAAACGUCGGGGAUAAAAUCCUCAUUGACAUCACCAACGUUUUAAUUAUUCUCUACAAGGUCCCCCUUUUGUCUGAUAUCAUAGAAACCUUUUUAAACGACUUUCUUAAAAUUUGUAAGUCCCACUGGUAUGUAACUAUUGACCCCUUUGUAAUUCUCAGCAAGUACAAAAAGUAA